AUGGGUGAUUUUGAUCUAAACUCAAAUUUCAUCCCUGCUCUUCAUAAACCGUCAGCUUUACUGCCUAUCGCCAAGCACCAUGAUAGCCUGCUUUAUCUCAUCGAGAAAAACCCUAUCACAAUCGUUGUUGGCCAAACAGGCUCCGGCAAGACCACACAAAUACCGCAAUUUCUCGAAAAUGCAGGAUGGUGCUCAGACGGAAAGACAAUAGCUGUUACUCAGCCAAGACGAGUAGCAGCUACAACAGUCGCUGUCAGAGUAGCUGAGGAAUAUGGCUGCGAGGUAGGAAAGGAGGUUGGCUACUCGAUUAGGUUCGAGGAUGUAACAUCUGCCGUUACUCGAAUCAAGUUCUUGACCGAUGGACUACUCAUUCGAGAAGCCCUGGUCGAUCCGCUUCUAUCACGUUACUCCGUGAUUAUGGUCGAUGAAGCUCAUGAGAGGUCUAUAAGUACAGAUAUUCUCCUUGGUCUUCUAAAGAAAAUACGCAAGCGACGGCCAGAAUUACGAAUAAUUAUCAGUAGUGCCACCCUCCAGGCCGAAGAUUUCUUGAAUUUCUUUUCGGACGAAUCCGAUAAGCAAGAAUCUUCUGACGGCGAAAAGAAUGAAAUUGGUUCCAUUGUCAGCCUUGAAGGUAGAAUGUACCCAGUGGAUACUCUUUACCUAGAGACACCCGCGGAUGAUUAUGUCGAAAAGGCGAUAUCUACGGUUUUUGAUAUCCACACUCAAGAACCAGAGGGCGACAUUCUUGUUUUUCUGACAGGCCGCGAAGAAAUCGAUACAGCCGUACAAGCGGUUGUAGAACGCUCAGCUCAGCUUCCUUCGGAAUGUCAAGCAAUUUUGGCCCUGCCACUCUACGCGGGACUAUCAACCGAACAACAAAUGUCCGUCUUUGAUAGCCCACCUGAAAAUACGCGAAAGGUCAUUUUCUCGACUAAUAUCGCAGAAGCGUCUGUCACAAUUGACGGUAUCGUUUACGUUAUAGACUCUGGUUUCGUGAAAUUAAGGGCUUUCGACCCUACAACCGGUAUUGAGUCACUGACUGCGACGCCCGUCUCGAAAGCAGCAGCAUUGCAGCGUGCGGGAAGAGCCGGUCGCACAAAACCCGGCAAAUGCUUUAGGCUUUACACCGAAGAUGCCUUCAUCGAGCUUCCUGAUGCAAACAUUCCAGAAAUACAACGAUCUAACCUUGCGCCAUUUAUCUUACAACUUAAGGCUCUUGGCAUCGAUAAUGUUGUGCGCUUCGAUUAUCUGACACCACCGCCUGCGGAACUUAUGGCUAAAGCAACUGAACUACUCUUUUCAUUAGGCGCUUUAGAUGAGUAUGCUAAACUGACGAAACCUCUGGGCAUGCGGAUGGCAGAACUCGCGGUUGAGCCUAUGAUGGCAAAAACAUUACUCUCAGCCCCAUCAUUUAAUUGUGUCAACGAGAUAUUGACAAUAGCAGCAAUGACAAGCCUCGGUGGCUCUAUAUGGAUCCAGAGAGAGGGAGAGAAAAAGUCGAUGGAGUCCAGGCGACGGAGAUUUUCGGUUGAGGAAGGUGAUCAUCUGACACUUUUGAACACCUACCAAUCAUUUUUGAAAAAUGGCCGAAAGGACCCAUCGUUAUUUUGCUAUGUCAAUUACAUCAAUUUCAAGGCUAUGACUCGUGCUGUGAGCAUCAGAGCACAGUUGAAACGCUACUUAGAACGGUUUGGGAUAACGGUGGACGAGAGUCACGAGGGAUCUACGGCUGGUAAAAGCGAGCAGAUUCGAAGAUGCCUCACGACGGGCUACUUUGCCCAUGCAGCAAGAAUGCAGCCUGAUGGAAGCUUUCUCAGUAUUGAUGGUGGAACGACGCUCCACGCACACCCUAGCUCUCUCAUGUUUAACCGCAGAGCUGAUUGGGUAAUUUUCCAUGAGGUAAUGGAAACUGGCAACAAGAUCUUUAUCCGCGACAUCAGCAAAAUCGAAAAGGGUUGGCUAUUAGAAUAUGGGGCAGGAUACUACGAAGUGAAGACUUGACGGUACAAGGCUGUGCCGCAUUCCGACGACGAGGCCUACCUGAGGAAGGCAGUCGAGGCUUCUCGUUUAAGAGAAGCAAUUCAUGAAACAAUAUUGAAGCUAUAUUGUUGAGGCUGAGACUUGAAUGGCCAAUUGCAAGGGCUCGUUUUAAAAAGAAACACAGGGCUUCACUAUUAGCUUGGUGCGCUAGCUAAGCUUUGUAUGGGAAUUCCCGGAUUUAGAGAUCUUUCCAAGGUUUCUUGAUUACUGUAUAUUCCUCCCUAAUGAGCAACUCACAGUGUAGGAUCUCAUCGUCCGACUUGACUGACUACGGCGUACGUACUUGUACCUAUUUAUAAUGGACGCGACAGGAUUACGUAGGGCCGGGUUUAAAGGCGAAUUCCAAGUCUAGGACCGCUUAGGCCCGUUUAGGCCCGAAUUC